AUGUGGCAUCGUGUCUCCUCUCUGGAGUUUGCCAACGUCUUUUGCUACCCAUUCGAGUCCUAUAGCGGCUUGAUCCACGCGUGUGGUUCAUUGAACCCCCUCACCGAUGAGCCUCAGACAGCACGCAGCCCUCUUCACUCCGAUAAUGCUUCAUCGAAUGAUUUUGUUAAUAUGUUAUUGGGAACAACCGAAGAAGGUGUCAGCCAACUCGAUGAUGUUGCCGAUUCUCGUGGCCUUUUACAUGAAACCGAUUGCUACAAGCGAGCUGAUGACAUGAUACCCUUGCUUUCACCACGAGGAGAAUCCCAGCGGUCAUGUUCUAUCAUGCCUCGUUACAUAGCAGACUCAAUAAAACAUGCAAGCAGUCUGUCGUGCGGUUUCCCCGGCAGUCCUAAUGCUGACAGUGGUAUCUCGUCGACCUCAAGAACCUCCCACCUCACCUAUCUUGAAACCUUGGCGCUGCGUGCCCAGCGACGCGCAAUGUCGACAACAAGUGAGCCUGCUUCCAGACCAUUACACCGUGCUUCACUUCUGGAAAGGGUCAGUCAGGAGUACCAUUCGUGA